AUAGGACGUAUAGCCGGCAAACAAGUUCAUUAAAAUCAUUAGCAUACCCACUAGAACUAACCUGUAAAACUUGUAGUCAGUUGCAUUUUAUCAGUCUACCCAUUUCAUUCGAAAAAUUUGCUGUGUCAAGUCGUAGCGUAAAAUGAAAUCUUUCAUAGAAUACUCGUCAGAUUCAGAUUUUCCAAUCGAAAAUUUACCGUACGGUGUGUUUACGUCUGAUAAAAAUGCUCAAAAACACAUCGGCGUGGCGAUUGGAGAAUGGAUUUUAGAUUUGAAUAUUAUUUCACGUUUAUUCGAUGGCCCGCUACUAAAAAGCAAGCAAAAUGUAUUCAAGGAAGAGAAAUUAAACGCGUUUAUGGCACUGACCAAACCUCACUGGAUCGAGGCAAGGGAAACUUUACAGAAAUUGCUGGACGUUUCUAGUCCUGCAUUGCAAAACAAUGCCGAGCUACGUGAAAAGGCUUUCGUGAAGCAGACGGACGUACAAAUGCACGUGCCUGUUGAAGUCGGAGAUUACACAGACUUCUAUUCGUCGCUGCAGCACGCUACCAACGUAGGCAUAAUGUUCAGGGGAAAGGAGGCCGCUCUGUUCGAGAACUGGAAACAUCUACCGGUGGGUUAUCAUGGACGUUCCAGUUCUAUAGUGAUCUCUGGCACACCUAUCCACAGGCCUUAUGGACAGACCUUGCCUGUCGAAGGUGCGGCGCCCCACUUCGGUCCCUGCAGACUGAUGGACUUUGAACUGGAAGUGGGGGCAUUUGUCGGCGGGCCCCCCACACAACUGGGGGAGAGGGUCUGCGCCAAGGACGCCGAAGACAAAAUUUUUGGUUUCGUGCUUUUGAACGACUGGAGUGCACGUGACAUCCAGAAGUGGGAGUACAUACCUCUCGGGCCGUUCACGGCCAAGAACCUCGGCAGCACCAUCUCGCCGUGGAUAGUGACCUUAGAGGCACUGCGUCCGUUCAUCGUCGACAACUUCCCUCAGGACCCGACUCCGUUCCCCUACUUGAGACACGACGAUAAAUUCAAUUUCGACAUCAAACUGGAAGUGGACAUUCAAACUGAAAAGUCCCCGGUGGUGACCACCGUUUGCCGUUCGAACUAUCGGUACAUGUAUUGGACGGUGAAACAGCAACUGGCGCAGCAGACUGUCACGGGCUGCAACCUCAGACCGGGAGACUUGCUCGGCUCGGGCACCAUCAGUGGGGAGGCGGCGGACUCGUUUGGGAGCAUGUUGGAACUGUCCUGGAAGGGCACCAAGCCCGUUCGCCUUUCGACUGGUGAGGAGAGAAAAUUCAUACAGGACGGAGACACGGUCACGUUGCGCGGCCACUGCCUCAACGCGACCGGACUCAGAAUAGGGUUCGGGAGGUGCGAGGGGAAACUGUUACCGGCCAUACAUUUCCAAGAAUAAAAUAUAUAUAUCGACAAGUGAAAGGGCUAUUUAACCCUUUGACUGCGAUGAAGGUCACCGAUCCCCUACAAAAGUAAAUGUUGUGUAUUAAAAGAAAUAUCGCUUGAACAAAAUAUCCUUUCACCCCUCGAUUUUAUUAUUAUUAUUAUUUUUAUUCGAGAGAUUUCUCGACUUUAUUGCGAGUUGUAAAUCGUUAAAUUUUCUAAUAAAACAUAUUUUUUUUAAAUACAUUUUUAUUUGUUAUUUCCUGGCUCUGAUAUUGAACGUGAUCCAUAUUUAGGUCUGAGCUCAAAAUACAAAUUGUGUUUUUUUUUAUUGCUUAGUGGACGGACGAGCACAUCACCCAUCUACAAUUUAGAUGCCACCACUCUUCAAGCCGAAACGCAUUACUGUUUCACGGCAGAAAUAGGCAGGGCGGUGGUACCUACCCGUGCGGACUCACAAGACGUAAUUACGCAACACCCGUAAUUACGCAAAUUAUAAUUUGCUUUUCAUUAUAUUCAUUAACUGAACGAACGCCUUAGACUCGAGACCACAACAUGCAACAAUUUUGUGCAGGUUUUUGACAAUCCAUCCAUGACAAAAAAAAAAAAAAAAACACGUGUGGCACUCGGGGACUGCCGCAGUAAAGCUAUU